GAUAUAUCCCCAUAUUAUUAUGACCUGGGAAGCUUUCCUCCUUCCUUAUCUCUUCCAGGGUCCAGACUUCCAGCUCAUAUCACCCCAUCGGAGCUCGUGCCAGUCACGUGCGUUUCGUAUCGGUUUCUGAGACGAACCAAUCCCACCUGUGAAAACUAAUGAUCCAAUCCCUGGUGUUUUGAUUCUGCGAGAGAGAUGAAGAGAGACCUCCUAGACGGUCGUGGGGGAGGGGGAGGGGGCGGCGGCGGCGGCAAAGGUGAAGAGGGGUCGUCUAUGGUCUCUGCAAAGGGGAAGAUGUGGGACGAUGGGCAGCAGCAAGAUGCGGGCAUGGACGAGCUCUUGGCUGUUUUGGGUUACAAUGUUCGGUCGUCGGACAUGGUGGACGUGGCUCAGAAGCUGGAGCAGCUUGAGAUGGUUAUGGGUAAUGCUCAGGAGGAUGGGAUUUCUCAUCUCUCCUCUGGGACUGUUCAUUAUAACCCCUCCGAUCUUUCCGGUUGGGUUCAGUCCAUGCUUACUGAGCUCAAUCCUCCCUCCUCUGCUUUCGCUUCCUCCUCACAGCAAACCCCCAUCGACGAUCCUCUCCUUGCUCCCUCCGAGUCCUCUACUAUCACCACCCUUGAUUUCUCCGGCUCGCGGCAGCAGUCGGAGCACCAGUCUCGCAUCUAUAACGACAACUCCGACUACGAUCUCAGUGCGAUUCCGGGCGUUGCCGUGUAUCGGCGACCGGACCAACAGGGGGAUGGGGAGAAGAGCAGCAAGCGGAUGAAAACGGCGUCGUCGUCGUCUUCGUCAUCGACGCAACAAGUACAGGAGAAUGGGUUGGCAAGUGUCGCCGAGUCGACUCGGCCGGUUGUAGUGGUGGACUCGCAGGAAACGGGUGUGCGACUGGUUCACACCUUGAUGGCUUGUGCAGACGCGGUUCAACAGAACAAUAUGAAGUUGGCAGAUGCACUGGUGAAGCACAUAGGCCUGCUGGCGGCGUCCCAAGCUGGCGCUAUGAGAAAGGUCGCCACCUACUUCGCAGAAGCUCUGGCUCGUCGAAUCUACAGAAUCUACCCUCAAGACUCUCUGGAAUCGUCUUACUCGGAUAUUCUCCAGAUGCACUUCUAUGAGGCUUGCCCCUACCUCAAAUUCGCCCACUUCACAGCCAAUCAAGCCAUCCUCGAGGCCUUCGCCGGCGCCAACAGAGUUCAUGUCAUCGAUUUCGGCCUGAAACAGGGGAUGCAAUGGCCGGCUCUUAUGCAGGCCCUAGCAUUGCGCCCUGGUGGCCCACCGGCCUUUCGACUCACUGGAAUUGGCCCUCCGCAGCCGGACAAUACCGACCCGUUGCAGCAAGUGGGAUUGAAGCUGGCCCAAUUGGCUGAUACCAUAGGCGUUGAGUUCGAAUUCAGGGGAUUCGUGGCGAACAGCUUGGCGGAUCUGGAGCCAUCCAUGCUCCAAAUCCGGCCGCCAGAGGUGGAGGCCGUGGCGGUGAACUCCGUGCUGGAGCUGCAUCGCCUGCUGGCUCGACCGGGGGCCAUCGAGAAGGUGUUGUCGUCUAUCAAAGCCAUGAAGCCGAAAAUCGUGACGGUGGUGGAGCAAGAGGCGAGCCACAACGGGCCAGUGUUUCUGGACAGAUUCACGGAGGCGCUGCACUACUACUCGAACCUGUUCGACUCACUGGAAGGGUGCGGGGUUUCGCCACCGAGUAGCCAAGACCUGAUGAUGUCGGAGAUAUACCUGGGGCGGCAGAUAUGCAACGUGGUGGCGUGUGAAGGAGCGGAACGGGUUGAGAGGCACGAGACACUGAGUCAGUGGAGGAGUCGGAUGGGCUCAGCAGGGUUCGACCCGGUUCACCUGGGCUCCAACGCCUUCAAGCAGGCGAGCAUGCUGUUGGCUUUAUUCGCGGGUGGGGACGGGUACAGAGUGGAAGAAAAUAAUGGGUGUCUGAUGCUUGGCUGGCACACUCGUCCCCUCAUCGCCACCUCCGCAUGGCAACUCAACUCCAACUUCAACCCACCUCCACCUCUGCCUCCACCUCUGCUCAUUCUCAGUGACAUUGGGUCUGGAUGGCAACGCCCUUUUACUACUCUUUCUUUCCCUCCUGAGUCUCUCUGACUUGACUCUCCAUUCCUGAUUUUUCUCUCUUCUUGCUAGAUUGUAAUCUAUUUGCUUAGAUAUUUUUCCUUUAAUUAUCAUAUCAGGGUGGACCGAUGGAUUGUGUAUCUAGCUAUUAUUAUAUUUCUCACUUUUUAAUAAAAAGGUAAGGUAGUCUCAGUUCUCACUUCUCUGGCGGAGAGCGGAGAUGGGAGACGGGAGACGGUAGAUGUUCCAAUUUCUUCC